GGGCUUGUGCGCGCGCGUGCCACUACCUUUCAUCCAGUUUGCUUCGCGCAUCCACGCUGUUGCCAUCAGCUGAUCCCAACUAUUUUUUACUCUUCUCUGUUUGUUAAGCGUGUUUUUGUCGGUUUAAUUGUUGUGUAAUACGGUUGUGCUUUGUUUUCGCCGAGCUUUGGAACAUUGUAACUGGUUGACUUCUUUUUGUUUGGAGUUGAUUUUUUGUAGCGUGAUGACCUUAUUGAGUGGUACUCGGUGUUGAAGCGGUGUGUUGAUUGGAUUGGUGAUCACUGGUGGCGCACUCACUGCGAUGAGGACACAUGGCUGCUCGCAUCGCUCAUUCCGGCAAAGUCUGUUUCUUCAUUCAUCUCCUUGGCAUCUGCUGCCUUCUCACAGGACAAAUAGUCAAGUGUCAGAAUCAUAAUGAAAUCGAUGCGCCUGCGCAGAAGGCAGUACCCGCCCUGCCGCAGACGCAAGACGACAACGAGCUGAAUUCGGUGACGGGCGUCAGGGACCUCUUCAACACGUCCUCCUGUGUCGAUCCGCCCCUCAAGUGCCCCCACUAUCGCAUUCAAUUUUAUCUAUACACCAGGUACAAAACAAACUAUCACUACUUCAUAAAUCAGCUACAUUAUUUCUAUGAAAUACGGCGUAUCUCAUCCAGAGAUUUUGAUCUGCAUAAAGAAAAACUUCGUGUAUCUUAUUGCAUCAACUCAACUAGAGUCAUCAUCCAUGGCUUUCAAGGCGGUCGAAACUUCUCUCCCAGCACUGAUUUGAGAGAUGCAUACUUUGAGCGAGGCGACUACAACAUAAUAAUAGUGGACUACUCGACACUGGUACGCAUCCCCUGCCUCAACCAGAUCGAGUGGUCGCCGCGCUUCUGCGCACAGUGCAUUGCGCAGAUGAUCGAGUACCUCAACGAGCAUCCACGAGGGGUGCCGCCGGACAAGCUGCACCUCAUGGGCUACAGCAUUGGGGCGCACAUUGCCGGCCUCACCGCCAACUUUGUCGUCAACGGAAAGCUCGGCCGCAUCACUGGCCUGGACCCGACAAUAAUCUUCUACAUGGGGAACAACGCGACGCGGGACCUGGACCCGAAUGACGCUCACUUUGUUGACGUGAUCCACACGGGCGCCGGGGUGCUCGGCCAGUGGGGACCCAACGGCCAUGCCGACUUCUAUGUCAACGGCGGCACCAGUCAACCCGGCUGUCUCUCCACCUCUAUUAUCAGAACGCUGUCUUGUGAUCACACAAAAGUGACGCCCUAUUUUAUCGAGUCAAUCAAUAGCAAAAAAGGAUUCUGGGCGGUAUCGUGCGCCAAUCGAGUUCUCUACAAUUUGGGCCUUUGCACGGGUCCUGAUGCCAAGUAUUACCUCAUGGGAGAGGACGCUUCUCCUAAAUUGAGAGGAAUAUUCUAUUUAAGUACAAAUGCUAACAAACCUUACGCACAAGGCCAUCCAAGAAGCAGGCCCAGGAGAAAUAGAAGACCCAGCAAUGCUACUACCUCCUCCUCCUCCAACACAGUCAGCAGUAGCAGUAACCAGCUCAACAGACUGCAGCAAUUUAGAACAACUGCUCAUAGGAACAACAACAAUCUAAGCAAUAGAAAUCAAAAUUCGAACACUAGAAAUCAAAGUUCAAACAAUAGAAAUCAAAGUUCAAACAAAAGAAACACAAACAAUAAUAGGCCUCAACGUAACAGCAAUAGAAAUAGGACUAGAAAUAAUAAGAGGCCAAAUCAAUAGACUGCAAAAAUGUGAUGCAAACUUUAUUCUUGCUACCAGAUCAUAUUUUGUGGAUUAUAGUUACUUAAGAAUACAACAAAUUUUUGUGCAAUAUAU